UUUAAAAACUACUUGUUUUGAUAACAAUGACAAUCAGCGAUGGGAUAAACUGGCAGCCGGUGUUCUAGCGAAUAUUGCUUCCUACCUAAGCGGCUCCACGCAUGCGUACGGCCACAAUGCUAAGCACGUCACUGCUGUUUAUGAGAUAUAGCCAGUAUUAAAGGCGAUGUUGGAGUAAUCUACAUUUUAAAGAGAGACAGAGAGACAGAGAGAGAGAGAGAGAGAGAGAGAGAGAGAGAGAGAGAGAGAGAGAGAGAGAGAGAGAGAGAGACUCAAGUGAUACAGCCGAGGACCACGCGCCACAGAAGACGGACGAAGGCACGCGACAUGUCUCAAGGAUUCAGGUGCACGCGGAUCUGUCCCGGGUCUCGCGCUCACACAUCAUGGUCGCUGGGAUAAACGUGGAUGUAUUGACAGACAGCAGAUAGUAUGCCCAUGCCCGCGCAGUUUGCACGGCUCACGCGAUGUGGCACAACAUGGCACGCGUAAAGAUGGGUCUCUUCGCUCUCCUGUGUCUCCCCACGUUCUUCUUCCGCGCCCUCGUGCUCUCCCACAGCAGCGCCAUCUAUGAGAGGGCGGCGGUCCCUCGCGCCGUGUCCCGCUCCGUGGCCCGCAUGGACGGAGACGUAAUCAUCGGCGCGCUCUUCUCCGUGCACCACCAGCCGUCCGCGGAGAAGGUGGCAGAGCGAAAGUGCGGGGACGUCCGCGAGCAGUACGGCAUCCAAAGAGUGGAGGCUAUGUUCCAUACGUUGGACCGGAUCAACUCGGACAUAAACCUGCUCCCAAACAUCAGCCUGGGUUGUGAGAUCCGGGACUCCUGCUGGCACUCAUCUGUUGCCCUGGAGCAGAGCAUAGAGUUCAUCCGAGACUCCCUCAUCUCUAUCCGGGACGAUAAGGACGGGGCCAAAUGGUGCAUUGACGGAACUCCGUCGCACCAGCCCCCACCUUCCAAAAAACCCAUCGCUGGGGUGAUCGGACCCGGAUCCAGCUCUGUGGCCAUCCAGGUGCAGAACCUGCUGCAGCUUUUUAACAUCCCACAGAUCGCCUACUCUGCCACCAGCAUCGACCUGAGCGACAAGACCCUGUUCAAGUACUUUCUGAGGGUGGUGCCCUCUGACACCCUGCAGGCCCGGGCCAUGCUGGACAUCGUCCAACGCUACAACUGGACCUACGUGUCUGCGGUGCACACUGAGGGAAACUAUGGGGAAAGUGGCAUGGAGGCUUUCAAGGAGCUGGCCUCUCUGGAAGGUUUAUGCAUCGCCCACUCAGACAAAAUCUACAGCAACGCGGGGGAGAAGCACUACGAUCGUCUUUUGAGGAAACUCCGGGAGCGUCUUCCCAAAGCUCGAGUUGUGGUGUGUUUCUGCGAGGGCAUGACUGUCCGAGGUCUCCUGAUGGCCAUGAGGAGACUGGGUGUGUUUGGAGAGUUCCUACUCGUAGGCAGUGAUGGCUGGGCAGACCGAUACGAGGUGGUGGAAGGUUAUGAGCAGGAAGCAGAGGGAGGAAUCACCAUGAAGCUGCAGUCAGAGGUGGUCAAGACUUUCGAUGACUACUACCUGAAGCUCCGUCUGGACACCAACACCAGGAACCCUUGGUUCGCAGAGUUCUGGCAGUACCGCUUCCAGUGCCGCCUACCAGGCCACCCACAGGAGAACAAGAACUACAAGAAAGUCUGCGCUGGAACUGAGGGUCUGCAUGACAACUAUGUUCAGGAUAGUAAAAUGGGCUUUGUCAUCAAUGCCAUCUAUGCCAUGGCGCAUGGACUCCAUGAUAUGCACCAGGAGUUGUGCCCAGGACAGCCGGGGCUCUGCGAGGCCAUGGAUCCAAUCGAUGGCAGCAAGCUGCUGGACUACCUGCUGAAGACCUCCUUCAGAGGAGUCUCAGGAGAGGAGAUUUAUUUUGAUGAAAAUGGAGACACCCCAGGAAGGUAUGACAUCAUGAAUCUCCAGAAUGUGGGUGACGGUCGCUAUGAUUACAUAAACGUGGGCUCCUGGCAUGAAAGCAUCCUUAACAUCGAUGACUACAAGCUGUGGAUGAACAGCAGCGACAUGGUGCGCUCAGUGUGCAGUGAGCCGUGCUCUAAAGGACAGAUCAAGGUGAUUAGGAAGGGUGAGGUGAGCUGCUGCUGGAUCUGCACCACAUGCAAGGACAAUGAGAUUGUCCAGGAUGAGUUCACCUGCAAGGCGUGCGAUCUGGGAUGGUGGCCUGAUGACGAACUGGCAGGCUGCCAUCCACUGCCUCUAAAGUAUCUCUACUGGUCCGAUGUGGAGUCCAUCGUGGCGGUGGCGUUCUCCUGCGUGGGCAUCCUGAUCACCUCCUUUGUCACCUUCGUGUUCAUUCAGUACCGUGACACACCUGUGGUUAAGUCCUCCAGCAGAGAACUCUGUUAUAUUAUCCUGGCAGGCAUCUUCAUGGGCUACAUCUGUCCUUUCACUCUAAUUGCCCAUCCUACUGUGGUCUCUUGCUACUUGCAGCGGCUUCUAGUUGGCCUCUCGUCUGCUAUGUGCUACUCUGCCUUGGUGACCAAAACGAACCGUAUCGCCCGGAUCUUGGCGGGCAGCAAGAAGAAAAUCUGCACCAGGAAGCCCCGUUUUAUGAGCGCCUGGGCCCAGGUUGUCAUUGCCUUUAUGUUGAUCAGUGUGCAGCUAACACUGGAGAUCACACUCAUUAUUCUGGAGCCCCCUGAGCCAAUCAAGUCUUACCCAAGCAUACGUGAGGUCUUCCUCAUCUGUAACACAAGCAACGUAGGCAUGGUGGCACCACUGGGCUACAACGGCUUGCUUAUCAUGAGCUGCACCUACUAUGCCUUCAAGACUCGCAAUGUCCCUGCCAAUUUUAACGAGGCCAAAUAUAUUGCCUUUACAAUGUACACUACCUGCAUCAUCUGGUUGGCCUUUGUGCCAAUCUAUUUCGGCUCAAACUACAAGAUUAUAACCACGUCCUUCUCCGUCAGCCUAAGUGUAACAGUGGCACUGGGCUGCAUGUUCACGCCUAAGAUGUACAUUAUCAUUGCCAAACCAGAGAGGAACGUCCGAAGUGCCUUCACCACGUCUGAUGUGGUGCGAAUGCAUGUUGGAGAUGGGAAGUCAGCGGUUCAGUGCGGGGGCAACAGCUUCCUCAAUAUGUUCCGCCGGAAGAAGCCUGGAUCUGGAAAUGCCAAUUCUAAUGGCAAGUCUGUGUCAUGGUCUGAAUCAGGUGCAAGACACCCUCCGAGGGGGGGGAAUGUGUGGCACAGACUGUCUGUGCAUGUGAGGAAACAGGAAGCCGGCUUGAAUCAGACGGCGGUCAUCAGGCCCCUAACUAACACCCCCGACCCCCACAGUUGUGAGCCGUCCUCCUGCAACUUUGGCACAGACCCCAAUCCCCCUCAAGAACCACGCGGCGCUAAGCCUCUGUGCAACCUGGCGGAGGAGGACGAUGAGGGCGAUUCCCAGCGCCCCCUCUGGAACCCGACUUGUUCUUCUGGACAAAGGCCGGAGUCUGAUUUAGAUAAGCCUGCUUCUUAUGUGCCCUCUCACUUAAAGGGCUGCACCAUGGAGCGCUUGCAGGGGGCUGUGGUGGACACACACAGCUCCCAUGUUCCUGCACUGAAUGACUACACCACUAGGGAGAAACUCCCUGCCAAUGAGCCCUUGAGCUUGACACCUUCUCAGCUUCCUCUGGCCCCAAAACUGGGGAUGUUUGAAGGGGAGGGUUCUGAGGAGGAGGAACUGGACCUCUUACACAGUUAUAUUUAUGAUGCCAAGGAGGAGGGGGAGGACGAGGACGAGGACAGCGAGGAUUUAACUCAGAGCAAGCCUACUCUGGAGGAUUCCCUUGCUCUGUCGCCCCCUUCCCCCUUCAGAGACUCUGUGUGUUCGGGGGACUCCCUGAGCGGCUCGCCCGCCAUGGAGUCCAUGCUCGGGAGCCCUCCGAGCUCAAUCUACACCUCAAACAUCCUCCAAGACUACGCACACAGCUCCUCAACACUGUGAGAGCAGAAAGCACACCGGUGCACACACACAGACAUGCUUUGUGACAUACAGCUUUACACACAAACACACCCACGUGUACUCAUAUUAAGAUACAGACUGUACAACGACAUAUUUUUAUUCUCAUCUAAGGUUUCUAAUAUUUAAUUUGUGCUCUCUUGUUUGCUUGCCUGUAUUUAAUACUCUGCUUUUAUCAGUAAGGGUUAGUCAUAAUUAUAAGUAGAACAGCGAGGAAUCAUCAUCAUGAGUGCUACCUUUCCUGAAGGGCUGUUUUAUCACAGAGCCUUUCAGUAAAACGUAAAGCAGGGAACAGUGCCAAAUCUUGUCAGCUUUCAUGCCAAAUUUUGAAGAAUUAAGCAACAACAAGAAUCACAAUGAGGGAUGAAGCUGUGGCAAGGCAUUUUAACAGUCUUUGACUAACAAACAGAAAGGGAAACACAAUUUUAUGUGUAUACUGUUUGUACACUGUAAGAUAUAACCAGAGGCUGAACUGGCUCUGGGGACUGCCAUAGCUCAAGUGCAUUUCAUGCCAGGUUUGAUUAGCUCUCUGCUGCACAUGUGCAGGUGUGUUCAUGCGCAGCUGCAUCCACAAACUUUCUGCUUUUCGCCUUUUCUGGUUUAUGAAUUUCACCUCAGCUUUCAGUCUUAGGACCUCAUCACAGUUUAAAUAUUACGAAGACAUUAACUUUUAAGAAAAGUGCAGUAAGUUGGUUAUUACUUUUAUGUGUUGCAAGGUGUGUUCAACAUCACAAAAACUAUUAUAACGUAACUGAGAUUCUGCUGAAGACUUGCGCUGUAUGAUAUAUGAUGUGGAAACGAUGUGCCAAUCACAGAUGUUAUCGACCUACAUCCUUGCUUUUACAUUUUUGUUACCAUGUAGCUGAUACAGGUUAGCGUGAUUGUAGAUGGUGGGACUUUGUGAAUUCAGUUUACACUCACUCAUAACCCUGAGAACAACUUUUUCGAGCAUGGGGACGUGAUUAAAGACCGACUUUUUGCUUUCCAUGCCGUAUUGAUAUUUCUUACGUUUUCUGAGUUUGCUGUGUCAUUGUAAUGAAAACACAGUACUUGUACAAGUUCUCAAAGUUUGUAAUACUGUUAAGCCAUCUCUUGUUUUUCACACAGGUGGUAUGUUUGUAAUACUGAUAAAUGUUUCUAUAUUUAGAAUGUCAACAGAAAAAAAAGUUUAUACAUUUUGAAGCUGUCCUCAGAUACUCGUCACAGAGCGUUGUGUUUGGUUUUUGGGUAACUUUUAAAGCUAACUUGAGUCGACUGUAUCCUCUUGAAAAUAUUCAGUUGUUAAAAAGUAACCAAUGAUUUGCUUCUUGUAUUGAGAUUAUACAUGUUUCAAUUUUGCUUCAAUCUUGCAUUAUAAACUUAAGUAGUUUACUUGAGGUUAAGUUUCUUAGUUCUUUAUCUAUAAUGCCAAUAAUUUCAAAGUACAAGCCUAUACAGUACAUAGUGCGAGUGUAUUGUAUUUCCAAAUGUUUUUAGUCUCUUAUAGUGUAAGUUGUUCAAUGAUUUUAACAAAUGUAAAAUAUACGAGGGUGCCACCUGUUUAACACUGUCCAACCUAGAGUGAAAUAGGCCUUUAUGUUUUGGGCAAGCUGAACAAUGCUGUAAAAUAAAAACUCUUUAUAUUAAGAAGACUGAUUAAUGCUUACAGUAGACUGAAAAACUGGGAGUUAGAUGACAAAGAAAACUACACUUGUUGAGCAUAAUUCUGAAGUUUAAUCUCACUUUCACAAAUCAAAUGUGUUCUGCUGAUUGUCACUUCCCUUCGAUUCUGGAGCUUCUUUGUGCUGAGAUUAAUUUCAAUUCAAAACCUUUAUUUAUUCUCGAAAAAGACAUUGAGAUUUCCCUCAUUUCCAAUGUCGUCGAGAUCACAGGUACAUUAGAAACAGCAAACAAACACACACAAUCAUUCACAAAAUAAUAUAUUAAUAAAAACAGGUACAAUUUGAGACACAGUGGUGUGAGUCUUAAAUUCUGCAAAAGAGGGGAAUGGAUGUCAGCAAUAAAGUCUGUUGCAGGGUAUUCCAUUAUUUAGGGGCAUCAAUUGAAAAUGCUGAUCGACCCCGUUCAGUGUUAACUCGAGGGACAAACACAUUUAUAAGCUGAGGAUGGAAAGAGUUCCUGAACUCAUCCAAAAACUUUUUUAAACAUGUACUUGCAAACAUAACACUGUGACACCACAGCUAGUUUUGAAUCUGCACUAGCCCAAUUCAAAUAUCCUUCACCUAUAUGAUGUAAAACAAUGAAUCACCCAUUGCAAAUUGAUUCUUUGGUGCCAUAAGAAACAUGUUUUAUCUGGUAAUCAAACUUUUGAAAUAAAAUAUAUAUGAGU